UCGGGUGUGCGCGCCUGCUGUCGGUCUUGGGCCAUUAAACCGCUCGAGCCUCCGCUGCACCUGCGCAGACGCUGUCUGACCCCCGCAGUAGUGUAAAAUAUCGGUUAUUCUUUUGCUAGAUUGCGUUGUAUUACCGAAAAUGCAGACUAGUUUAGUGUAUCUGUUUGUAGUGUGCGUGUUGGCGGUAGAGGCAAGCUCGCUGGGUCGCCCGGAGGAACCGUGUGUCGCCCCGCUUCAGUGGGAGGGCCGGACCGUCCAGUAUGACCACAGCACCGGGAGAAACACACGCGCCGCUGUGGCGUACGACGCACUAAACCAACGCAUACGAGUGUUAGAGCAGAAAACAGGACACACGCCUUGCAAGAAGUUCUUUGAAUACAUCUACUUGUAUAAGGGUGGUGUGUAUUUCCAGAUUGAACAAAUCACCAAAGCAUGUGCUAAGCUUAAUUUGACUGAGGCCUGGGAUCCAUAUGACAUCCCAAUGAACUCCACAUAUGAGGAUCAGUAUUUCAUUGGUGGGCCGGGAGACAUGAUUGAGGUUCAAGAGUGGUCUGACCGAAAGCAUGCUCGCAAAGAUGAGACCUGGGUGGGAGUUUACACCUUGAAAGACUGCUACCCUGUGCAUGAGACAUACACCAAGAACAGCAGCGUGACCACCACCACUCGCUUUUUUGACCUGGAACUAGGCAUCAGUGACCCUGAAGUGUUCACGCCACCCAGCUCCUGCAUGUCGGCUCUGCCUGAACGUAUGACCUCUGACUGCUGAGCCUUUUAUUCUUAAUCAAUGCAGUCUGCUCAGAUGGAGGAUUGGCAAAUAGUAGGUUUUCUAGGUGGAUAACUGCUUGUUGAACUAAUAUGUCACUGAGACAGAAUGAAGUGUAGGUUUAUCUACGAGGAAAGCACAGAAGUAUCUUUAUGCACCAAGGACCUCAUAUUCAAAGAUUGAAUAAGUGGGUAUAUAUAUCGUUUUAGUUCUCCAACAUUUAUUUACAUUUAUUAAUGUGCACAAAAUAAAUUGUGCCCCAGAUUUUAACAGGAAUACAUUCUAAACCAAAUGCAGUGCAUGUGUAGGCAACCAUAUUUUACUUCAACGUAACCCAAGCUGAUUUCCGCAUUCAGUCCCCACAUCUAACAGCUAACAGUAAAAAAAAAAAGAAGGAAUCAUGCACAUUAACUGUAACACAUCUAAUGUGAAUAGCUCUUUGAAAUAUAUAUCUUUUUUUGGCUAUUUGUUCAUCUGACUGAAACCCAUUACUGACUUGCUUUGAUUCAUGUAACUUAUGUUACAUAUGUAAUAUGGCUGCUUUAAUUUAUUCAAAUAAUUUAUGCUAUGAAUCCAUGACCCAAGACAAUAAUAAUAAAAUGUUACUAGAAGAAUUAUA